AUGGACAUGGUGACAGAGGUCCCAACGCCAGCAAUAUCAGAGCUAGUAAGGGCACUAGAACAAGCAACCCUAAUGGCAAAACAACUCGCAAACACCACAGACCCAUCCCAAGUCCUCCAAUUCCGCUCUUCUCUCCACUCAGCUCAGCACCACCUGUCUUCUUUCCUCUCCCAAACCACCCACCAACCACCCCACAAUCCACCACCGCCACCCCACACAACCACAACAGAAAACUCCAUCACCUCCGCCGUGGGGGCCGAUGAGAACGACGCAGAGCCGAUGGAAGUGGGCGACGAUGAUGAAGUUGAAACGGAGCAGAAUUCGAAGACAACAGUUGAGAGGGUUGAGGAAAAAAUGAGGGAUUGUUUUAUUCAGAAUAAGAGGGUGAAGAGGCCGUUGUCGCCGACGGCAGCGGCCGUGGCGGAGCUGCGGCGGAUCUCUAGGGAUGAAUUUGCGAGGGAUUUGGAAGAGUUUGAUCCUCAUGGGACUAAGUUGAGGGUGCCCUUGGAUUCUGAUUAUGGUGGUUGGAAUCCAGAAAAUGUCCCCAUGUGGAAGAUCCUGCUAGAGAACCCCGAAAGCAAUUCUGUAAAACAGAGACUGAUCAUAGCCUGCAUGAUUUUCAAUUACUACCAGAGCAAUUUCAAAACGAUGACUUUCCACUGUUAA